AUGGCGGCCAAACAUCCAACCAUUGAAUCAGUUCAUUCUUGUACGAAUGAGCUUGACAGUACAUUUAAGAUGGUGGACAAAUCGGACAAAUAUUUUCAAAGGAAUGCCUUUACAGGAGCCGACAAUUCAGUUGACAUUGAUCACAGAUGCCUCAGAACUAGGAUUGGGAGCUCAUCUAGGAACUUGGCAGACUUCAGGAAUUUGGCCAAAGUCUUAUCAACUAAAACAUAUAAAUUGGUUGGAAUUGAAGGCUGUACACCUAGCUCUUCAACAAGCUGUACAGAUCGUGAAAGACAAGAAUAUUUUGAUAAGGUCGGACAAUACAACAGUGAUAAGUUAUAUCAACAAACAGGGCGGAACCCAUUCGCCAGAACUGUUUUACCUAACUUGGGACCUUUAUCAAUGGUGUAUUCAGAACAAAGUAACUAUCCGUGCAGUUCACAUUCCGGGAAAGAUAAAUCUACUAGCAGAUGCUCUUUCGAGGGGGGAAAAUCUUUUCAAGAUGACAGAAUGGACACUCAACAAUAUGAUAGUAAAUAUGAUAUUUCAGAGACUGGGAACUCCAAGUAUAGAUCUGUUUGCAACAGCUCAGAACAAAAAGUUAGCAGUUUAUUGCUCUCCGGUUCCAGACAUAGCAGCAUUUCAAGUAGAUGCUCUAACUUUAAAUUGGAGCGGCAUCUAUUUAUAUGCAUUUCCUCCUCCAAUCCUUGUUCCUCGGAUAUUACAAAAGAUUCGAGAAGAAAAGACAGUUGUUCUUCUAAUAGCACCAAUGUGGCCAAGACAAUCUUGGUAUCCUCAGAUGUUGGAUCUAAUGAUAGAUAUUCCAAUAAAACUACCACUUCUGCUUUCACAAAUUCACAAUCGAAUACAAAUAUUUCAUCAGAGUCCAGAAACAUUGAAUCUUGUGGCAUGGAAAUUAUCAGUUUAUAUCAAAAUCUGUACUUACCUGUCUGA